CAAUAAUGAUAUGAUCAGACGUGGUUACACAGUGCUAUGUGAUGCAGGGAGUGAUGCUCUGCGCGCAAUCUUUCAUGCCAUAGGUGCAAGUCAAUGUUGAGCAGUCGACCGCCGACGCAUAUCUCGAGCAAGGUGCCUGCGAUUGCUAUGCUGGCGGCAAGUCAGCGACGCCUGACUGCGCUGGGACUGUACCAUCGCUCACGAGCACCAAUGCAGAUGUGACAUGCUGCAUGAUCCAAUUCGAGCACAUUCAUGUCCUUUGUGCAGCCGAUACGAUUCUAGAGCACUUGCUCUUGGCUGCGCUCAGUGCUCCGAUCAAGAACACGUCGGUCUGCGGUAAAAGCAAGAGGCAGCGUUGCGCAUUCGCUAGUAGAAUUGAAGGUAUUGAGGCUUCCUGUCGAUGUAGAUGCCCGCAGGACUAUCAUGCUGAGAGCCAGAUGAGAAAGGACAUGGAAGUGUGCACCAGACGCUGCCGAAGAACGCCCAAGCUGAUUUGCCGCUGAGCUUCGCUGGCAGGCUGCAGGGUGACGCUUUGUCCGGGGACACGACUGCGCGCUCCGUCGCGGCAGCUGACGCGGACAGACAUCCUAGGAAGGUCGAGACAGACGUGUAGUGUGCGGCAUGCGGCGACACCGCAGGAGCAUGAGUGAACAAGGGAGCGGGCGCAACG